AAGAGCUCAUAACGAGUUUGUUACUCAAAGCGUAAAGAAGCUAGAAAAAGCAGAAAAAAAUACAUCGUGUUAAAAUAAAUUUGAAAAAUUAUUAAAAAAACAAGAUUUAUUUUGAAUACAGAAAAAAAUCUAAAAAAUAAACAAAACCCAAACGCUUAAUAAACGGAUUACGGUUUAAAACCUUUCGCAGCAAUUUAAACACACAGUGGAUUACCAAACAGUGUUUUAAAAGAAAAAUAUUUUAAAGAAUUAACAAAAAAAAUUAAGUUUUGAUAACUUGAUCAGAAAAUAAGUGCCAAGCAAAGAAAAUUAGUAAAAAAUUAUUUUACUAAAGAAAUAUUGAAAUUAAAAAAAUAAUUUCAAAAAAAAAUUUUUCUCAAACAAAACCUCGCAAUACUUUUUGGUAUUUUUGAAAAUAAAUUAAAAAUAAAAAACGGUUUCUACACUUGAACGUUUGCAAUAAACAGCCUUCAAAAUUCUACUAAAAGAACGUAAAGCGAUUAUUUCUAAAAUGAAAUCUUUAACGGCCGUCUGUCAAACCGGUGCCUCUAUGCCCGCCAUCAAUCCCAAUGGACGCAUCAGCCGUCAUCCACCACAUCGUGGUGAUGGCGAAAAUGCCGAAAUGAAAAUGUAUUUGUCCAAACUUAAGGACUUAGUACCGUUUAUGCCUAAAAAUCGUAAACUUUCCAAAUUGGAAAUCAUACAACAUGUUAUCGAUUAUAUAUGCGAUUUACAAUCGGAAUUGGAAACACAUCCUGAAAUGAGUAAUUUUGAUGCUGCGGCUGCUUUAAAUUUCACCGCAAAUUUGGAAAGAGUACAUCAUAAUGGUCAGCAGCAACAUCAUGAUGAAGAUGGUGAUGGCGGUGAGGAAGAUGAUGAAAUGUAUGAGGGUAUACAAGAACGUUUAAAUGGUUCCAUGCAACAGUCUAGUCCGGCACAACGUCAACCUUUGGUUGAUCGUCAAACACCAAAUACUAUUUUACCCGCCACACAACAACAGCAACAACAGCAGCAACAAAUGAUUGUAUCAGCAGUUAAUAAUACAACAACCUCCAAUUCCAUAACCAACAGCUCCUCGCCCAACACUUUAACAACUAUAAGCUCAUCAUCAUCAACAACAACAGCUGCAGUCACAGCAACAGCUGCUGCCACAAAUUUAUCAUCACAUACGUUAAUUAAUGAAAAAGUUUUGGACAGCAGCAGCAGCAGGCAGUCAUGUUAGAUUUUAACAAUA